UCGACCAGGUCCCAGAUGUCUCUGCUGCGCUGCUGUUUGCUGAUGCUGCUGCCGCUGGCCGUGCUCGCCACGGCCGGGGGCAGCCCUCUGGUGCGACGCCACGUCGGCCUCGCGUACCGAGGCUACGGCUACCCCAGCCGGUACCGGUACCGCACCACCUACGGCGCCGGCUACAGCUACGGACACGGGUACCCGUACGGCUACCGGUACUCGUACGGGCCCAGAUACUGGUCCGGCGCCGGGUACCCGUACAGCUCAGGGUACCACUACGGCUCGCCAUACCGCUCCGGCUGGUCGCGCAGGCGCUCUCGGUUCCCGCGCAGCCACCCCAGGGAUGCGCGGCACGAGACACUGCACGAGCACGAGCACCCGCUCGAGGACGAGGACAUCGAGAGCGAAGAGCCGCAGUCAGAGCCAGAGCCCGUCGCCGUGCCCCAGCUGGAAGACGUGGAGGAAGCCAGCGAGAAUCAGGUGUUCAAUGAAGGGGAUGAAGAGUAGAACCAGCCAGAGGCAGCCAUAUGCUUCGUGACAGGUGACGACUGCCGUUCCUGGGCAGCGUGGUGGCCGGCCGACUGAGCCCGCUGGGGAAUGGACAGGCCGCUUCGGGCAUCGCAGGUGCAAGGCCGUGGUGACGCAGCUGGUCGCAGUCGGACGUCGAAAGCUCGUAAUCGACGUUGUGUCCAGAGUUCAGAUCGAUUGCUCUUCGUAGUGUGUGUGACCUUCAAUGGCUGUUUUUGCAUUGCAUUAUUGAAAUUUUUCAGUAUGUAUUCGACGUGUACAUCAACCCAAUCGUUCUUUCUCCAUGAAAAUCGUGUGCGCAACCUGUGCUCGUACUGGGAUUGCAGGUGUGAAAUGGUCUAUCAGCCACUCGUAUGCGGUCAUUAUGGUACUGUCGAUUUAUUACCUGCCUUAACUUUUCAUAACUGAUUUCUUAACUUUUUGCGCAUUUUAUGUACUUACGUUAUGACCCUAAUGUCACUGCUCAUGAUCUCAGGGAAAUAAUAACAUGAUUUCAUUACCUUUA